CCAGGCUCUGGGAUGAAAGUUGUCGCACUGGAGCUGGAAAAUACGGAGCCUGGGAGGAACCAUCAGCAGGAACAAGAAGUUAUAGCAAUGGCCCCCGAUGGCCCCUCCCAGGCUCCUCACAGUUUUUGUUAUGAAAAUUAUAUAGAACAAGUUUUUGUAACGUGCUAAUGCGUAGACUUAUACUUAAAGUCAAUUCUAUUACGUUUGAAGCAUUUUGUGUAAUAUGAUGUACAUACAGUAUGUAAGCCUCGUAUGAAUUCAGACAGGGGUAGUAAUAGGAGUGACAGGGAGGGGUUAUCGAUUGAAGCCGUGGUGAAAAGAAAUUGGCUUUAGGUGUGGGGCGCUUGUGUAACUUAUUGGCAGGCUCAUUGCCAGGUCAUGACUUACAUACUGUACUCGCAACCAAUUAACAGGGACCAGAGGCUGUCACAGUUUUUGAAAAGGAUAAAUGCAGGGAGUUUAGAGGCAGGACAGCAGAGACGGUGAGGUCGCGAAAAGGGAAAUCAGAGGAAGACACCCAGUCACCGCCAUUCAACAGUCUGGGCAAGGAGACGAGAGAAGUGGUGCCACACAAAACUUGUUCUACAAAGUUUUAAUACAUCAAGAGGCUGAGAUGGCGUGUCGUGUUGCUGUGAUCGGGGCUGGGUGUUCUGGGCUGGCCUGUAUCAAGUGCUGUCUGGACGAAGGUCUGGAGCCAGUCUGCUUCGAGAGCAGCGAUGACAUCGGGGGUCUGUGGAGGUUCAAGGAGAAGCCUGAGGCUGGCCAGGCCAACAUAUAUCGGUCUGUCAUUGUCAACACUUCCAAAGAGAUAAUGUCCUAUAGCGACUUUCCUGUGCCGGCACAGUUCCCCAACUACAUGCACAACUCGCGCCUGCUGGAGUAUUUCCACCUGUACGCUGAGCACUUCCAGCUGCGCCCUCACAUCCGCUUCCAGGUCAGAAUAAUUAUUUACUAUUCGUUUCAAUCUUCCUUCCCACUGUGACAAAGAGCUGCAGCACGGCUGUGGCUGUUCAUUCCCUACUUGUACUUAUUCGGCAUGUUCAGGACUGAUUUUCCUCUACUGUUGCGCACCCUGGAUCGAUAUUUCUCACGACACCUGGAGACCCACAGUUUUGACUGCUCAGUGGGAGAGUUACUCUGCAAGUGCCAAGUUCUUUAUGUGUUUUUACAGACAGUUUGCAUAAUUCAGAGAGAAAUUUGGUUGUCAUUCUGAAAAAAAUGUGAAGAUGACUGUUAUGGAAAUAUCAAUAGUGAAGAGUGCUCUUAAGGUAAAAAAUGGCCGAUUCCAUUUCUUCGGCAGCAGAAAUCUUGAUAUAGUAUGAAGGACAGGGGCA